UGGCCAGCUCAGAGCCUCAGACGCAAACACAUCUCCCAUAACACAAAGACCAUGAAGACCAUACUCCUCCUCAUUCUCGCAUUCCCUUUCUUGGGCGCCGCCGGCGAGCGUUGCCGCGGCGUCCCGUCACUGCCAGUGGAGGCCGCCUGCCGAAAGGCGUGCGGCACGAAGCUCAUGCACGACAUGUGCAUGGACACGCUCCGCGGGGGAUUCGAUCCUAGCCCGUCCGUCCACAUCGAGGUCACCGAGUAUGCGCUCCUCGCCACGCACCGCGCCCUCGAGUCCUACGGCGCCACGGCUGCCGCCGCGGCCGAGUUGCUCCGCAGCGGGUCGCUCUCUGGCGACGAGAGGGCGGCCUACAACACAUGCUUGACGGAGUACUCCUACGCUGUGCGGUGCAUGGAGCACGUCGCCGGCGACAUGGUAGCGCGUUGCCGGUUCGCGGGGCUCGGGGAGGAGUACGUGCGCUGCGUGACGUACGUGGAGGGCUGUAGGGAUCGCUUGGUGCGGCUCAAGUCAUCGCCGCUCUACGCCAUGAAUCUUGUCGACCGGAACAAGGCCCUUCUGGCUUACUCCCUCGGUCAAUUGCUCGGUAGCAUAUGAGCAUUACAGACUUCCAGUUAGGUUGUUUGCUUUGUCUUAAUCUGCUGUCAAGUUCAAUCAAACUAAUAAGAACUUGUAAAGGCAUCUUCAA